AUGGCGCUACAACGACCGAUAUCGACGGCAUUGAGAUGCGGAAACUGUCAGCGAUCGGUUUUACGGUCCUUCAUCGCGAGCGUUGGCAUUCAACCGGAUGUCCCAUCACCACCGCUCCGGCAUCAGAGACGAGCCAUAUCACAGUCAACACCAAGGUUACGAGGAGUUGAUGAACGAUUAUGGCAAGCUCAGGUGCAAGCAGAUCAUGCACUGAACGAUAUCAACGAGACCAUCAACCAGUCGCCAAAAGCCAGCACAACCGAUGAGCCUCUCGAAGAAGCAGAACAGCCAGAGCGCGAGGAAGAGGUACAGGAGCAAGAACAGCCCCAGCAGAAGACAAAGAAAGAAGACAACCUGCCAUGGUAUCUACAAGCGCAGCAGCCGUUCGCAGAACAGGCCCAAAACCCUCUGGCCGCUCGACAACGACUGCCAGAUCUGCCCGACAAUCCACCUUCGAUCCUCCAGCCAUUACUUGAGCAUGUCUCCGUCGAACUCGGGAUGGACGACCUCACGAUCCUCGAUUUACGGUCCAUCGACCCUCCGCCGGCGCUAGGAGCGAACCUCUUCAUGAUUAUCGGCACAGCGCGAUCAGAGAAGCACCUUCACGUCUCGGCAGAUCGAUUAUGUCGGUGGCUGAGAACGACAUAUAAACUACAUCCCUACGCCGAUGGCCUGCUAGGUCGCAACGAGCUGAAGCUAAAGAUGCGGAGGAAGGCCAAGAGGUCGAAGCUUAUGAGUGCUGUGGGAGCCAAAGCAUCUGGCGACUCAGAGAUCGAUGAUGGUAUCAGGACGGGUUGGGUGUGUGUGAACCUUGGUCGGGUGCAAGGAGGUGAGCUGCCGAAGACUAAAGAGCAGAUACGGCGGGAAGAGAACAUAGUCGGUUUUGGCACGCAGACGACUGGCUCGAAUGUGGUGGUGCAGAUGAUGACGGAGGAGAAGCGUGGCGAGAUCGAUCUGGAGAAUCUGUGGACAGAGCUGUUGGAGCGCGCACAGAAGCAGAAGGGGGCGCUGGAAAUAGUGGAUGCUGAGAAGCAGUCGACCGCGGCUGCUGCAGAGGCAUCGUCAAGCACAUCGCCGUCUUUUGGGCCGGCGGCGUCCUAUGAUCCUGCAGUCUACGAAUCUGAUCAUAGUGCUGAUGCGCAGCUUAGAGCGUAG